AUGAAUAAAAACACCAUUUCCAACAUAAAUAAGACCUUGAAGGCAAAACAGAAAGUGAUUCAAUCUCCUCAUUCGAAAAACCCAACAUUAAUUUCAAACAUCCUCAGUUCUAAGCCUCAAACUCCAGUUUUCCAAACCAAUGGAAGUGCUAGUACCCAUUCAAAUUUUUCUGUUGCUACAUCUACGGCAACCCCUAUCAUUCAAGUUGGUGCAAAUUCUGCUGCUAGUUCUGCAACCUAUCCACCAAGCAAACACAAGAAGAUAUCCAAGCAAAGUUCAGCAAGAACAGACUUUUUUGCGGCCAAAUUGGCUAGUGCAGUUGAUGAUGUUGAAAGCAGCGACAGUGAUGAAACUUUUGUCUAUGAAAAUAACAACAAUGAUUUCGAUACUUUAAGUAAUGCCAAUAUUGAAAAUGCUAGUAUUGCCGGCAGUAUUGUACCCCAGGUUCAUCGUACUCCUUCCAUCAUUGAUGGCCAUGUGGAACAUCAACAAUCACUUGAGUUUCCUUUGAACAAAACAUUCAGAGGAGCUGGUGCUGGUACUCCAACUGGACUUCAAAAGCCACCAUCUUUAUCAAAUUCAUUUAGCAGUAAUCAUGAUAUCGAUUUGAGCAUGACAGAUAGACGUCCGGGUCAAGGGCGGACUUACUCUGUUGAUGGAGCUAGCACGGCAUCAACACCUGCUCCCGCAUAUAUGCUGAGGUUACCAUCUACUGAUAGAUCAAUUAAUCAAUCCCCAAUGAGUCCAUUUGGAGAUGCCGAUAAUCGACUGGGAUUAGGAGUAGUGGAAGGACAGAGAAAUUUUAGUGUUACUAAUUCGAUUAGCCAACCAUAUAAUGAUGACACUUAUUCCUAUAAUGAAAUUGAAGAUGAUAUGAUAGAUGAUGAAAUGUCCGCUGAUGGAGAUUAUUUCAAAGGAAACAACACAGCAAAUACUACUCUUAUAGCGCCUCAGAGUUCACGUCAGACUCUUAAUCAGCAGCAGCAACAACAACAACAACAGCAGCAGCAACAAGUGCCACAACUUCAGAAUCAACAUUUGCAAACAGUGGUGAAUUCUGGUGUUGCCAGCUCUAUUUCCAGUAAGAAUACUUCAAAGAAGAACUACAAAUCAUCAAAUUCGUCUUCAAAGCUAAGAUCUACCACUUCAAAGUUAUUUGACAAGAAAGGUUCUCAACCAAGGAGAUAUAGUACUAUUCCCGAUGAUUUUGAUAUUGAAGAUUUUGAUGAUGAAUUAAUUUACUACGACAACAACAUUGGAUUUCCUUAUAAUAAUAACGUGAAUGAAAAUACUGCAUUAUUGAACCCAGCAAGUGGCCAUCAUAGAAUACCACAUUACCGUUCUUUGAACUUGAAUUUCCCUAAUCUGAAACGUCAACAGGCAUUGAAAAGUAAACGUUAUUUAUCAAGUGGACAGCCUUUACUUUCAGAGAACCAUUCCGAAGCUGCAUCAAUUCAUAAUGCCCACAGUGCUAAUGCUGAUAAUGAUAACAGUGGAUUAUCAGGACUUGGUAAUCCCAACAAUAGCAGAUUCCCAUUUCCAUACCUGCCACAACAACAACAACAUCAACAACAACAGCAGCAGCAGCCUAACUACUAUUAUGACUAUGAUGAAUUUGAUCAAGAAUCCCACGGUUAUGAUCCAGCAUUUGAUUUACCCGAUUUAAAUAUGAAUAGGAAGAUAUCACGAAGCUUUGGAAACAAACCAAAUGGAAGGUUUACUUCUGGUCAAUUUAUGAUGCCUAAGAAGCAACCAACUAGUGACAUCCAUCAUCGUGUCAAUUGUAUCAAGUCAUUUUUGUAUACCAUGAUUUUCAUAUUUGUAAUUUUAACCAUUGGAUUUGUCUUAGGAUUUGUGUUGGCCACAACUAAGGAUCUUACUGAUGUUACAAUUAGUUCGAUUGAAAACCCAAUUGUCAGUCAAGAUGAAUUGGUAUUUAAUAUUGUUGUGGAUGCAUUUAAUCCUGGCUGGUUUUCGGUCGAUAUAGAAGAUGUUGAGUUGGAUAUUUUUGCCCGGAGUGGGUAUUUACCAGAUGAUGAUCAAGCACGUAAACAUGAUUUAUUUGAAUCUACAGGUAAUAAUUCAUUGUUUGAAAUCGAGGAUUCGUCAGGUAAAGUAGAAACAGUAAAGUUAGGUACCAUUAACAAACUUGAGUCCAUUAUGAAUUUCAAAGGAGGAUUUUUCUCGCGAGAACCUUCGAGUCAAAAGGGUGAGAUUAAAUUGUUGAACCCAGGGAAGAAUUUGACAUCAGUUGCUCUCGAUCUGGGUAAAAAAGAUAAUAGUACCGAGCCAGACAAUUCCAAGAAAUGGGAAAUUAUAUGUCAAAAUCCAUUCGAUUUAAUCAUUUCUGGGGUUCUUAAGUAUGAUUUACCAAUGGCUAGAAAUACAAAAUCGGUGGUGGUUCGCAAAACGGGAUAUAUUGAUCCUACGCUAUUCUUAUAGGUAUUUUUAUAUAAAAAUAUAUAAUUAAAAGGUCAGACUAAGCAAACUUAAUCAUUAAAAAUCUUUUGGUAUAGUGAAUUACAAUUAGGCAAUUGACGAAGACUGAGUCUGACUUUAUGUGGGUAAGGUUCGAACGAAGUGGCUCUAGGAUUCAGAUUAUUCUCAAACGGAUUUAACCCCAUUAAUUGUCCUGAUUCAGGUGGUCCAAUUUCAAAUAAUAACAUUAUUCGACAAGUAACCAUGUAGAGUUCCUUAAAUGCCAAAUUAUAACCUGAACACAUUCUAGAACCAGCCCCAAAUGCAAAAUGAUGAUUAAUUCCUUGUGUAACUAAUCCCAGUUCAGAAUCAAUCCAACGUUCAGGUAUAAAUUCAUAAGGUAAGUUGAACUGGGUAGGAUCAUGAUUCCCGGCGAAGGCAUUCAUAAAUAAAUGCGUACCUGGAGGUAUUGUAGCAUU